UGGCAGGCGCACGCACGCCCGUCUCCCCGCCGGCCCUUCCUGACCUCCAGCAACUUGGUUUUCUUCUCUCUUGCACCAACAUCCCAGAUGCCAGCCGUAGUGUCCAUACCCAGACAAGGUGUGUCUUGACCUUUGUCUACCCUUCAUCUGCUCUUUACACUCUCGUCUCGCCGCUCCCACACGGCGGCUUCUGUACUCUUUUGGAACAGUCACUCACAUUUUUUUUUCCUCCUCGACUUAGACGUGGGCCAGAGGCAAGCCAAGCAAUCGGCCCUAGCCAAGCUUGUCAUGCACGGGUCGUUGGCCUCAUCAUCGCCACCUACUGCCUCGCCCACGACUUCGGAGCCGGACCAUAGCUUAGCUGUGCUGCCGCCGUCCGCUGUCGGAUAUGGCCAUCCUACGCCCGGCUAUGCGGUGCCCGCAACGUCGGCGCCAGGCCCUGUCCCGGCCAUGGCGCAGGCCAUGCGCAUCAUAAAGGACCUGACGGACACGCCGCAGUCCCAGAGCGUCACUUCGACCGCACCCAGUUCUCCGCGCAUGUAAGCGACCUUGACUUACCCGUGCCUCACCGGCGGCGCGCUCCUACCGGCCACAGCCGUGGCUUACAAAGACUUUUUGCAGGCCUCCUCAGCGCCAAAAUUCGGGCAGUCAAACUCCCCGAGUCCGUCCUCAUGCGACGACGCUUAAUAUCCCCGGCAUGACGCGGUCUCGCGUGUCCCCCGACGGCCGCAUCCCCCAGCGUGAUGUUGCUGCCAAGCUAGUCAUCGUCAUGGUUGGCCUGCCCGCGCGUGGCAAAUCUUACAUCACCAAGAAGUUGCAGCGCUACCUCUCAUGGCAGCAGCACGAUUCGAGGAUCUUCAACGUUGGAAAUAGAAGGCGACACGCCGCUGGAAUUAAAGUCUCAGCAAAGGCCAAGUUGGCACCCGAGCCCGACUGCCUCGAUCCGCCUGUUCGCGCCGCCAAGAUUCUGCUCAACGGUCUUCCUCCUCCAGCUGAGGAGCUCAGCCCUGCAACGUCGGAGCCUACGACGCUCAACCUCGACAGUCCUAGUGUGGACCAGGAUGCUGACCAGUCAGCCAAGUUCUUCGACCCUAAGAAUGCAAAGGCGUCCGCCCUACGGGACCAAGUUGCGAUGGAAACGUUGGACGAGCUGCUGGACUACCUCCUGAACCAGGGAGGCGCUGUUGGAAUCUUGGACGCUACCAAUAGUACCCUGGAGCGGAGGCAGCACAUUGUUGAACGCAUCAGGGAGCGCGAACCUAAGCUCGGCAUCCUUUUCAUUGAAAGUAUCUGCAGGGACCAGCACCUCCUCGAAGCCAACAUGCGCCUCAAGCUCUCGGGUCCUGACUACCGCGACAAGGACCCUUUGAAGUCCCUCGAAGACUUCAAGGCCCGAGUUGCCGCGUAUGCCAGCGCCUAUGUGCCCCUCGGGGACUAUGAGGAGGACCAUGACCUGCAAUACAUUCAGAUGGUUGAUGUGGGCCGCAAGCUUGUGCAGCACAGGCUCAAGGGCUUCUUGAGCGGCGGAAUUAGCACGUAUCUCUCCAGCUUCAACCUUGCUCCCCGACAGAUUUGGAUUACACGACACGGGCAAAGUAUCGACAAUGAGCUGGGCAAGCUCGGUGGCAAUUCGCCGCUGACGGAACGCGGCCACUGCUACGGCCUCGCCCUCUACCGCUUCAUCACUCAAAAGAGAAAGGAGUGGCUUAUGGAGCAGAAAAGCAAGAUGGCCCAGGCUACAUUUCCUCCUCAGCCUGGUGACAACACCCCUCCGUACCCCGAUAUGAAUCGGGAUCUUGACGAGAAGAACUUUUGCGUCUGGACAUCAAUGCUUCAGCGAAGCGUCGAGACUGCCGAGUAUUUUGAUGCUGAUGACGAUUACGACGUCAAGAAUUGGGAAAUGCUCAACGAACUUAACUCCGGCCAAUUUGAGGGCAUGACCUACCAAGAGAUCGCCAAGAAGUAUCCCGAAGAGUUUCACAGGCGAUCUCAGGACAAGCUCAACUACAUCUACCCGGGCGUCGGUGGCGAGGGUUACUUGCAGGUUAUCAGCCGCCUGCGCGACAUGGUCCGGGAGAUUGAGCGCAUCACGGAGCAUUUGCUCAUCAUCGGGCACCGCUCGGUGUGUCGCGUCCUCAUGGCGUACUUCAUGGACCUGACUCGCGAGGACAUUACCGACAUGGACGUUCCACUGGGAAUGCUUUACUCGAUUGAGCCAAAGCCGUACGGAAUCGCCUUUCACGCCUACAAAUACGACGAAGCCCGCGGCUGGUUCGAAGAGCUGCCCAACUAUAAGCCACAGAAGGCCACUCGCGGCAGCGUUUGAACUGCCAAAUCACGAUACCCACCACACAUGAUUUUACGACCUGAUAAAGAUUUUUUUCGUCUGGAGCGUGUACAACAGCAAACAAUCAACACUGUCGCACUACUGUGAGAAUUAGCACCGGCGUUUAGUUUCAGGAGAUGGAUUGCUUUUAGACGGGGUCCACGGCAGCAGACACGAAAGACGUCUCAUGUUCACGACGUUCCCAGAGCUGGGAGGCUUAGGCCGGUUGCGUGCGUUGAUUCAAGGACAGCGGUGCGUGAUUUGCGUGUCAAUGCGGCAGCGGGUUCACUCAGUCACUUCACUCGGCGUUUACUAUCGGAAACCUGUGAUAUGCGACGACUACAUUGCCGGGGGUAUAUGGGUGGUCCAAGAGACGGUAACUGCGAACUGGUGUCAUCUAACCGUGGUCUACUUGUGCGCGCGGGGAGCGCAGUUCACGGCUUUCGCUGCUUGUCACUGAGGCGAACAUGUGACGAGAAUUUGCGAUAUCAUUAUGUAUGACUACCUCUUCUGUGUCUCGAGCAACUACGCCACCGAGUAGCUGCAAGUGCUGUUCAGAUAUCAAGGGCCCCACGAAGGCUUCCUAUAUAAAAAUUGCGAUCCUUAACGCCGUGCCAUGCGUAUCACCAGAUUUGCAGCCAAGAAAAGCAAAGACCAAGCCGGGAUUUUUCUAUUUCUCCUUUGCCAGCACCAUCUUUUGUCUUUCGCUCUUG